UGAUAGACAACGAGCAUUUCGUAAACUGCCGUACAAGACUCGCGUCCAAGAACAAAAUGAGCACUUUCUUCAACUCGCUACACCGCCAGAGCGUACUCCUGAUUCUGCUUUUGAUGAUAGUUGCGGCUUGCAGCAAAUUCUGUGUAGAGGACGAUUGCAGCAGUCAAAGAUGGCAUCUAUACAAGGUUGAAUACAAAAAGCAAUACAAUUCGCAGCUCGAGGAAGCUCAUCGCCGCAUUAUAUUUUGCAAAAAUUUACGCAUGAUCGAUGCGCACAAUGAGCGUUAUAAGCGGGGUGAGGUGACUUUCGAGAUGGGCAUUAAUCAGUUUGCCGACAUGAGUCAUGAAGAAUUUCUCCGCUGGCUGCAUACUGGCAGCAGAGAUAACGGCAGUAUAUUAUCAAGUUUAUAGAGCAGUAUUGCAGCGUUUGUGUGCCAGCUAGAAACAUACUAAUUAAUCUAUUUUUAUACUAGAGUGCAUUGAGUUCAUACGAAUAAACUUUUUACUAUUUAUAAUUACA